CUCGUAUCUUUAUCUAUGGUAGAUUUAUUACUAGAGCUGUUUAGGCAAAACAUGUAUUUUGUUACACUUUGGACAGCACUAUUACUGAUAAAUGGAUACUUUGCCAUGGAGCCAGUAAUAAUAGUCCACGGUGGAGCUGGUGACAUUCCUCAGAGUCGUGUGAAAGGAAAAUUUGAUGGAGUGAAAGUUGCAGUCAUUGCUGGUCAUAAAGUAUUGUUGCAAGGUGGGAGUGCUUUAGAUGCUGUUGAGGCUGCUGUUGUGUCUAUGGAAGAAGAUGAAAACUUCAAUGCUGGCUAUGGGUCCGUCUUAAAUCUUCGUGGUGAAGUAGCGAUGGAAGCAAGCAUAAUGCGUGGAGAAGAUCUGAACUCUGGCGCAGUAACACUAGUCAAAGAGUUUCGCAAUCCUAUUAGUAUCGCCCAUAAAGUUCUUACUGAUUCUCCACAUUCAUUUUUAGGUGGAGAAGGUGCUAAAUUGUUUGCAUUGGAAAAGGGCUUUUCGACAGUUCCACCAGAGAGUUUGAUAUCAGAGAAUGCAAAAAAUGCUCUGGAAGAAUUUUUACAACACGGUGAAUUCGGAAGAACAGAAAUUGGUGUGAAGAAUGAGGGUGGGGUAGGAACUGUGGGAGCUGUUGCAAUUGAUAAACAUGGGCAUAUUGCUGUCGCUACAAGCACGGGAGGCAUGAGCGGCAAAGCUGUCGGACGUAUUGGCGAUACACCUCUCAUUGGUAGUGGGACUUAUGCGGAUGACAAUGUUGGUGGCGUGUCUACUACAGGUCAUGGUGAAUCCAUCCUCAAAUAUUGCUUGGCACAUAGCAUUAUUAAAUUAAUGGAAAAUGGGUCAGACGCUAAUACAGCUACUAAAGAAGCAGUUACUGGAAUGACCAAUCGUCUAAACAAUACGGCAGGUGCAAUUACUUUAUCCAAAAAUGGAGAUGUUGGCAUAUACUUCAGCUCAACCAGGAUGUCUUGGGCUUAUAUUAAGGAAAACAAAUUGUUUUAUGGAAUAGAACAUAAUGAAGUCAUAGCAGAUGAUUAUGCUCCUUAAUAUUUUUUGACUAUAUUACGUAUUUACUUAAAAUGUUUUAAAUCGGGUUAAAAUUUUAACCUAAUCGGAUUUAAAUGCUUAAAUUUAUUUUAAAUAAAUUAACUGUUAUUAAUUUCUA